CUAAUUGGCCAUUUGCCUGGUAGUCUGUUUUCCCAUCAGUAGAUUUUGCUGUUUGGUGUCUUCCCAGGCAUGCAAAUAGCGUAAAAAUAUCUCGAGUGCAUGAGAAAACAGAAUCAAUAUAGGCUACUGUAGUUGCUCCAUUCAUGUAAGUUUUCUUUUUUAAGUGCAGUAAUGCAGUUUGUACUGGUGCUCCAGGUGUGCCUCUUGGGACUUGGCCUGUCUGGGGCCAGUCCUGGUAGGAAGUUUCUCAUGAUGUUUCCCCCUCAUAAUGACCCAACAGCAAAUGUUAGCCAUCAAGUAACUGUCACAGCCUCCGAUGUUUGGACCUCAGUCACUGUGAAGGUUCUGGAAAGCAGCUUUGUGCAACACAUCUUUCUCUCUGCUAGCCAGUCAAAGACUAUUCACCUGCCCUCAUCUGUGGGAAUGGCCAAUGCUCACUCCACCUGCCUCCUCAGUGUGAACGCUAUAUGGCCUGUUACAGUCCUUGCCUCAUUCUGCACCCAGACUGGCUGUGAGCAUAGCCUCCUUCAUGAUGUGUCGUCCUGGGGGACCUGCUACUAUCCUAUCACUCCAAACUUCCCCAACCACACUGCUGUCAGCCAGAUGGUGAUCACCAGUUCAGACCACGAGACAUCAGCAGACAUAUUCCUCUCAGGGGACGUGGUCUUUGAAGGCAAUGUGUACCCCAAGGGAAGUGUCCUUACGUUGCAUUUAGGGGCACUGCAGAGUUUUCAUCUCCAGAGUAACUCCAGUCUCUCUGGCUCAGAGUUAAACUCCCAAGAAGCUGUGGGUGUUGUGGUGGGUUUUACCUGCUCCAAACACACACCAGGGGAUUGCUUGUAUGGAUUUGCUGAACUGAAACCAGUCUCUCACUGGAGGUUUGAUUAUGUUAUCCCUCCUUGGGUAAACACAGGAAUGAGUUCCAGUUUCCUCUUGGCAAUAGCUACUAUCAACUCAGAUCUGGACAUCACCACCAGCACUGAGCGAAAGAACGUGUCUCUUGUUGGCAGUGUUAUGAAGAUCAUCGCAGUUGUGACCUCAGAUAAAAUCCACAUUACUAGUGACAAUCCCCUUCAACUUAUUUACUUUAGACUUGACAAUGAACAGCGUUCUUCAACUCUAACAGCACUGCUGUCUGUAGAUGAUAUCUGCCAGACUGUACCAAUGUUUGAUUCAGGUGAUAUGAGUGAGUGGCAAGAUAACAGUACUCACACAGGAGAUUUUAAGUCUAAUGUUACAUUCUCCCAAGAGCCCAACUUUGCUCAGCUGCCUGAUAAUACAGAGCCCAGUUCUCCUUACACAGAUGUGGGACACUAUCUGAAUACCAUGAACAAACAAUUGUAUCCAGCAGUGUGUGAGAAAAAUGCAGCUUCUUGUGAGGAAUUGCACUGUGGUCAGAAACAAAAGUGCUCUAUCAAAAAUGCGAAACCACUAUGCUCUUUGAAAACUAAAAUAUGCUCUGCGUGGGGUGACUCUUACUAUCGCACUUUUGACGGAAGAGAUUUUGUCCUACUGGGAAACUGUAACUACACCUUAGUUCAGACUACCUGUCCAGGCUUAAAUGCCUCUGUUCCACUACAGAUUAAUAUAGCCAGAGCAUAUAUGAACAGUGCCACUAUCUCCACCAUUCACACAGUGCAGAUAAGCAUCCAAGGUUUUAAUAUCUCCAUAGUUAAAGAAGAAAAAAAUCAUAUUAGGGUUGAUGGACAGAAGAGGAACCUGCCCUUCACCCUGUGGAAUGGGUCCUUGAACUUUUAUCAAAGCGGUACCAGCGUUGUCUUAGAAACGUCCUUUGGCCUGGUUCUCCAGUAUGACUGGAACCACCAUCUCCAGGUUGAAGUUGGCCCAGAGCUGUAUGGAGCCUUGUGCGGCCUGUGUGGAAAUGCUAAUCACAGCUCCUCUAAUGGCACUGAUGAGACCCAGACUGUUGAUUUUACCCUCCCAUGGGUGGUGAAUGAUGACAAAGGCUCCUGUUUUGAGGAUUGCAGUGGUGGUGUCUCAUGUCCAGUGUGCACUCAAAGCCAAACAAAAUCUCUUCCUGGCAUUAAUGGCAACUCCUUCAAGAGAGGAUGCACUCUACUGCAGAGGAGUUAUGGACCUUUUGCAGACUGUCACUCAUAUAUUGAUCCUGAGCCCUUUGUGCGUAGUUGUGUGAACAACCUGUGUGUCAGUGGAGCUGCCUCAUCUAUGUGCAUGGUCUUGAUGGCCUAUGCCAACAUCUGCCAGAGGCUUGGGGCCAGAGUCCACAACUGGAGAACCAUUGCAAAGUGCUCUAUGAAAUGUCCCAAAAACAGCCACUAUGAGAUCUGUGGUUCUGCCUGCCCUGCUACCUGCGCUAACCCAGAGGCCCAUCAUAAUUGCUCUUUGCCCUGUGUGGAAUCGUGCCAGUGCAACAGGGGAUAUCUGCUGAGUGGCAGGAAGUGUGUAGCACCUAGCAAGUGCGGUUGUGUUCACCAUGGUUCCUACUAUCUCCCCAAGGAGAACUUCUGGAUUGACAAGCAGUGCCAGAAGAAAUGUGUCUGCCAGCCUACUUCCAAGACAGUUAUGUGUGCUCAGUCUCAUUGCCAGGCUGGGGAAGUAUGCAAGGUCUUAAAUGGAGUCCUGGGCUGCUAUAAGGAUGGGCCUGGGAUGUGCAUAGCUAAAGGAGAUCCUCAUUACACCACCUUUGACGGACGUAACUUUGAUGUCUAUGGAAACUGUAGUUACCUACUCACUUCUCACUGUCCCACAUGGGGAGAUCUAGCAGACUUCAGUGUGGAGGUUCAGAACCAGAUGAAGGAUGCCACCAAUGUUUCCAUUCGGCAUGUUAAAAUGGUGGUCUCUGGUUAUUCCAUUGAGAUGUCAUAUGACUGGAGUAACAGGGUUAUGGUCAAUGGUCUGCUUCUGAGUCUUCCAUCAGUUUUAAGCCAAGGCAAAGUAAAUCUCUACAUGGCUGGACUGUCAAAGUGUUUAGAGACUGACUUUGGCGUUGUUGUGACAUACAGCUCAGACAUCCUGACUGUCCAAAUGCCCAGGAUCUACUCUGGUCAUCUCUGUGGCCUGUGUGGGAACUUUAAUGCUAAUCCAUAUGAUGACCUGACGCCCGAGGACAACUCUGAUAUCUCUCAAGCCGUCAGACACUGGCGAACCAGCAGUGAACAUGAAUGUGUGGAUGUGCCUAUGAACACCUCAGGAUGCAAUCCAGAAGAGAUGGCUCUUUAUCAGGGAAAAGAUUUCUGUGGAAGGUUACUGGACACAGAGGGAGUAUUCCAGAGCUGCCACAAAACAGCUGACCCACAAGAUUUCUAUGAUAACUGUGUUUCAGACCUCUGUUAUGGUAACCAGACAACCCUGUGUCAGAUUCUAUCCAGCUAUGUUGCUAUCUGCCAAGAAAUGGGAGCAAUAAUGGAUGAAUGGAGAGCUUCAGACUUCUGCUAUCUCUCCUGCCCAUCUAAUAGUGAAUACCACCUGUGCUCCAGUCACAUGUCUAACUGUGUAGAAAACCCACAUCCUCAAGCAGUGAAGUGCAAAGAAGGCUGUUUCUGCAAAGCUGGGUUUUUCCACAGUGGUGGGGAAUGUGUACCAAACUCUGAGUGUGGCUGCAUUUAUAAUGGUGUUUACCAUGAAAUCCAUGACAACUUCUACCCUGAUGAAUACUGUCAGCUGCACUGUGUAUGUGUGGGCCAUAAUCAAGUGCAAUGUACAAAUCACACAUGUCCAGAUGGAACAAAAUGUGCCAUCAAAGAUGGCCACCGUGCAUGUCAUGCAUCACAACCUACUAAAUGCACAGUCAUGGGUGGCAGACAUUUCAGGAGCUAUAAUGGACAUAGCUUUGACUUUAAUAUGGGAAGCUGUUGUUACGUCCUAUCCCAGGUUUGUGACAAAGAAGAGUCUGAGCCUACUGUUGUUAUCCAGCAAGGUAGGCUGGACCUUAUCAUGCACGGAGUGAACAUGUCAUUGGGGAUGGAGCAUUUGGGAAAAGUAAAGAUUGAUGGUGUUCUGAGGGGUCCUCCUAUCAAGCUGGAUCACAUAGCAAUACUGCAUUCUGGCUCACUGACUCGUGUUGUUGUAGACACUGGGGUUGUUGUCACUUAUGGAGGGCCUAAUCUGAUACAAAUAGUGAUUCCUGCCUCCCAUAGAAAAAUGUGUGGCUUGUGUGGAAAUGUCAGUGCUGCUGCUACAGAUGACAGACAAAGUCUGAAUGGCAGCCUAGCAAGUCAUGUUUCCAUCUUUGCAUCUUCCUGGUCACUUUCACCACCUGGAACAAACUGCUCUGAAGAAUGUGAUCUCUGUUCAGUGUGUAACUCUACCAUGACAGCUAAAAUUGCAUCUAAUAGCCUAUGUGGCAAGCUGCUUGCUCCUGCAGGAUCAUUUAGUGGUUGCCACUCCACUGUGGACCCAGAGCCCUUCUUUCAGAACUGUGUGAAUGACAUGUGUAUGUCUAAUGGGAAUGAAGAAUUGUUUUGCAAUAGGUUGAGAGAGUACACUUUUGUAUGCCAGGAGGCAGGAGCUCAGGUCAAACCAUGGAGGGGGGAGAAGUGCUCACUCUCAUGCCCUCAAUACUCCCACUACAAUAUAUGUGUUGGUGCGUGCCCUGAGUCCUGUGCCAAUUUAUCCGAUAUCCUCUGCCCGUGGCCCUGUUAUGAGGGAUGUCAAUGUGACUCUGGAUACACGCAGAGUGGAAAUGGCUGUGUCAAAGCUGAGCAAUGUGGUUGUUUCUACCAUGGGCACUACUAUGAGAUUGGGGAGAUAACGUGGGCUGAAGGAUGCUCUGAGCAGUGUAACUGCUCUGCCGCUGCUACCAUGCACUGUGAGCCAGCCUCUUGCCCCAAGGAAGAGAGCUGCACCCUCAACAAUACCUGGGGCUGUUCAGGGAAAGCUGAUUUUGAAAAAUGUCAGAAUAAAGAGACUUGUGACCAGAACCAACCUCUCCAAACCAAGUGUUGGGUACUGGGAGGCGCCCACUUCUACACUUUUGAUGGACAAGUGUUUGAAUUCCAAGGAAACUGUACCUACACUCUGAUCCAUGCAUUGAAUGACAGCAGUGAGAAUGAUACAUUUUGGGUUGGAGUGCAGAAAGAUAGGACCCCCAGUGAGGCUUCAGCUCUGAAAGCUAUUCAUGUCAAAUCGGCUAAAGACAAUCUUACUAUCUACAGAGGGGAAAACAGCCAUGUUUGGAUAAAUGGCAAGAAAAAGCUCCUGCCUGUAACUCUACAGUUUGGACUUGUGAAGAUUCAUCAGAGUGGUGUGUUUGUUGUUGUAGAUACUAAUCUGGGCAUUCAGAUUAAGUAUGACUGCUCUCAUAUUGCCACGAUCACCAUCUCUAAUACAACAAAAGUCAGUGGUCUGUGUGGAAAUAAUAAUGGCAUCAAAGAGGAUGACCUCCAGACCCCACAGGGUGAAGCAGUUGACUCUAUCACUUUUGGCUGGAGCUGGAGAGUUUCUGAUCAGGAAGCUCAGUGUACAGCAGAUUGUGGAGAUGCAUGCUCACGCUGCUCUGCUAAACAGCUACAAGAGAAAAAUGUAGCCAGUCAAUGGAUCUCCCUGCAUGAGUACAUUUGGUCACCACAAAAUCCUCUCUACCUGUGCAAGGAAGUUGUUAACUACAGUAACAUCUCCACAGCAGUGAGUAUAUUUGACAUGUGCUCUAAUAACGACACUCAGAAGGCCCUCUGCCCAAUCUUGGAGGCCUAUGCUGCAGCCUGCCAAAAUGCUCAGAUCCGGGUCGGGGAGUGGAGAAAUAGCACCUUCUGUCCUAUGUCCUGCCCAUUGAAUAGCCAUUAUGAGUCCUGUGGCACGGCCUGCAUUGCCACCUGUGAGGCCCCCUUCAGUUCAAGCCCCUGCACCCUGGCUUGUGUGGAGAGAUGCCAGUGCAACCCAGGGUUCGUCCUGGACGGUGACACGUGUGUCCCCACCUCCCAAUGUGGCUGCACUCACAAUGGUUACCACAGCAACCAGACUUUCUGGGCUGACGAGAGCUGUACCGAGCAGUGUAUUUGUGACCCUUACACCCACCGGGCACAGUGUCAUUUGGAUUCUUGUGGCUCCAACGAAUACUGUGGUCUUAACGAUGGAGUAAGAAGCUGUGUGCCGCAUCCCCAGCAGACAUGCAUGUACACCAGUCAUCACAUAGUCACCUUUGACCAGCAUGACUAUGAGUUGCAUGGCACCUGUCAGUACCAGUUACUGGGCAUGUGUGGACAGAGGCAAGGCCUUGAUGCCAUUCAGGUUCAUGUAGAUGGACACCUACAGUCAGAACUUCAUGUCCUGGUCAGUGUGAGUGGUGUGCUUGUGGAGCUGAACAGUAAAAACACUGAGAAGAUAGAGGUUGAUGGUAUCAAGAAGAACAUGCCCUGUCACCUCAGCCCCACUGCACUAGCUUUCUCUUUGGGGCUGCAUACUUACAUCUACACAGACACAGGCUUUGUAUUGAGUCUCAGCGUAGAGGGCAUAGUCAGCAUUAGUCUCUCCAGUAAAUAUACUAAUGCUACUUGUGGCCUGUGUGGUAACUUCAACUCUGAUCCUGCUGAUGACCUCACCGUAAAUGGCACACAGGAGCGUCUCAGUCCUGAACAUUUUGGAAAAGCUUGGAGAAGUGGUCAGAAUCCUUGGUGUGUGGAGGGCUGUCUAGGAGGAAGUUGUCCAAAAUGUUCAUCUGAGCAUUUGGCCCUCUACUCUGACCUGGAGGCUUGCGGGAAGAUUCUGGAAGUUAAUGGACCAUUCAGACAGUGUCAUGGUAAAGUGGACCCCUCCAGCUUUUACAAGCACUGCGUCAGUGACCUGUGUCUUCAUGGAGGUCUCCAGCCUGCACUGUGUCACUCCCUGGCAGAGUACACUGCUGUCUGCCUUUCCCACAAGGCAACAGUUUAUGCCUGGAGGAGCCCUGGAUUUUGCUACCAUUCCUGUCCCUCCAGUACCAGCUACAGCAUGAGUUCUGCCCCUGUUCACCUCUGCCUUGGCUGGCAGAAUAACACUGUGCUGAUGCCUCCAAACAUUGGGGAGAACUGCCUCUGUGAAGCAGGUUUAGUUCACAGUGGCAGCCUCUGUGUCUAUCCGGAAAGCUGUGGCUGCUUUCACCAUGGAGAAUACCUCAGGGCAGGGCAGGAGGUGUCUACAUGCGAACUAAGCAGUUUAUGUCAUGCUGGGGGACACAUGACUUAUCGUAAUGUCUCAUGUGGGGAGGAUGAGGAGUGUAAGCUUAUUAAGGGUGUUCAAGGUUGCCACCCAAAAGCCAAAGUGGCACGCUGCUCUGUUGACGGAUCCCAGUACACCACGUUUGAUGGACAGGCAUUUGAAUUCCAUGGUUCAUGUAACUAUACCCUGGUACAGACAUGCUCUAUCAAAAAACUGUAUGUGGAGCCUGUUUUGAUCGCUGCACAGGGCAACCAUAGGGAGGGCAGGCAGAUCUACUUGCAAGUCAAUAAAAUGACUUUUAAGAUGUCAACAGAUUUUCCUGGAAAAAUUCAGGUAAAUGGCGUUUAUGAGAACCUCCCAUUCAUACAGAACAAUGUCAGUGUACAUCAGAAAAAUGGAUGGCACACCAUCAAGACCCCACAGUCAGUUGAGAUUAUUUCAGACCUACGCAACCACAUACAGGUCAAAAUCCCCAACAUUUACCACCAGACGACCUGUGGCCUUUGUGGGAACUACAAUGAUAAUCCCUCAGAUGACCUGCAGCUGCCAAAUGGCACUGUAAUCUAUGAUCCUGACAUCUUUGGGCCAUCGUGGAAGUUGUUUGAUACAAAAUCAUCCUGCAGCAACACAUGUGACCGCACCUGCCAACUCUGCCAGUCCCCUGUGCCCAAGUACACCUCUGACCUGUACUGUAGCCUCAUCACCCAGCCGAGGGGACCAUUCGCCUCUUGUCACCAUUUAGUGUGCCCACAUAAAUACUACUCACGCUGCAUGAAAAACCUUUGUGUUGCAGAGGGACAAAGCUGGGCCCUGUGUGAUGCACUACAGACCUAUGAGGCAGCAUGCAAGGAGGCAGGAAUGAAUGUUAGCCUCUGGAGGAACACCACAGGCUGUGCUUAUCAUUGUCCUCAAUUCAGCCACUACAACCAGUGUACAAAUGUUUGCUCCUCCCUGUGUCCUGAGAUUAGCCAGGCAGAGCAGUGCCCCAGAGACUGUGAGGAAGGUUGCCAGUGUGAUACUGAACACCUUUAUGAUGGUCAUGCUUGUGUACCAGCAAAGCAGUGUGGCUGUGUACAGGAUGGAAGGAGGUUUAAGGCCUCUGAGAGCAAACUUCUACAAAACUGUACUGUUAACUGCACCUGUGGGCCUCCUCUUAUCUGCAAGCAACACUCGUGUCCUCCACUGCACAGUUGUAUAGUUUCAGAUGGAAUCAUGGGCUGUCACAAAGAUGCAGAGCAAAACCUAGAUCCAUGUGAGGGAAAAUGUGAUGAAUCAGAGAUAUGUUACUUGAGCAACGGUGUGCCCGUCUGUGAGAGCCAUCAGGGUCUGUGCUGGGCCUGGGGAGGCCAGCACUACCACACCUUUGAUGGGCUAAACUAUGACUUUGGGGGUACCUGCACCUAUCUGCUUGUAGCCAGCAAAGGGUCAGCAUGUGGCCUAACACCCUUCAGUGUGUCCAAAAAGAAUAACUGCACAGGAGCAUCUGCCACACAGGUGGUGACUGUAAAAGCUCAUGGGUUCAUCAUCAAGCUUGGUAGUGAAAAGGGCAGCAUACAUGUUAACGGUCAAGUAAAUUAUAUUCCUGUUAAUCUGUUACGGGGUAAGAUCCAGGUCUCAUACAAGGAAAGCAAAGCACUGCUGAAAACUGACUUUGGCAUGCAUGUAGUCUUUGACUGGAACUCCACCGUUCUUGUGACACUGAACUCACACUAUAAGGGCAAAGUCUAUGGGCUGUGUGGAAAUUUUAACAGCAAUCCUCAAGAUGAAUAUGCUGUAACUACACCUGGUUCCCCUCCCAUUAAGACAAGUGUGGAGCUGGCUCAAGCUUACCAGUUCUUAGAUGGGGAUCCCAACUGUUGUACUGGUUGUAAGCAGGAACUGGAUGAAAUGACCUUGGCUGCAGGUACAGUUUCUGAGGUUGCCUCAAGUCACAAGAGACUGUGUGCAGUGCUCGUGGAUCUGAAUGGUCCAUAUGCCCACUGUCACAGUCGAGUUGAUCCAGACUCCUUCUAUGAAAGUUGUAUAACAGACCUCAUACAUAAUGAAGGGUCAAAACUUUCUCUUGACCUGGCCAUAAAUUCCUACUCCAUAGUUUGUGAAGAAACCAGUGAUGACUACCACAGUGAGGUGACACUUGCUGUCAGUUGUCCGCCAAAUAGCCACUACAAGACCUGUGGCUCAGCCUGUCCUCCAUCCUGUGAAUUUAACACCACCGUCUGCAAUAAGAUGUGUGUUCAGAGCUGCUUCUGUAACCCUGGUUUCAUCAGGAGUCCAGAGGGUUGUGUUCGUCCACAGCAGUGUGGGUGCACAGACUCCAGAGGCAAAUACCACAGCCUCAACACAACUUUCUGGAUCCCAGACAACUGUGGUCAACUCUGCGUCUGUGGGCCGGCUACUGGACAGGCCCACUGCAGCCCAUCCCAGUGCCCCAGAGGGAUGGUCUGCAAGAAACUACAUCACAAGAGAGUGUGUCAACCUGAAAAACCCCACAACUGUACUAUUGUCACUGGGCUGCAUUUUACAACAUUUGAUGGACAUCAUUUUGACUUUAGAGACAGCUGUGCUUAUUCAUUAGUUCAAACCAACUCCAACCUAACUGGACUAAUACCAUUCAAUAUCACCAUCUCUGAUGCAAGUUGUCACAAAAGGCUUUUUCAUAGCCUUACCAUAACACUCUCAAUGUAUGGUUUGAAUGUAGUAUUGAGAAAAGAUGACCUAGGAAAGGUUUUGGUUGAUGGACUGUAUAAGCACUUACCAUACUCUCACCAAACAGGCCAUAUAGAUGCCUAUCAUACACCUUCAUCUCUCAUCAUUCACACUGAUGUGGGAUUACAGCUGAUCAUCUAUAAAACGGGCACUGUAAUGGUUAUCCUCCCCAGCAGUUAUGGAUCUUCUGUCUCUGGUCUUUGUGGGAAUGCCAACACUGACCCUCAUGACGACCAAAUGAUGUCCAAUGAAGAGCAUGCCCAAAAUACACUGGAGUUUGCCCACAGCUGGAGGUCUGAGGGAGCAGAGGCCUGUAGAUCCAGCUGUACUUCCAGACUGAAGCACUGUCCUGCAGAGGCACAGAAGCUUUAUGGAGGCAGUGAUUUUUGUGGGGUAUUGUUGAACGAGCUAGGGCCAUUUGCAGACUGUGCCUCAGUUUUGAGUCCCAAGCCAUACUUCCACAGCUGUGUGGCAGAUUCCUGUUCUUAUGGGGGACACUACUCAGCACUCUGCAAUUCCAUUGCAUCAUAUGCUGCUGCAUGCCAAGCAGCUGAGCUGCCCAUCAGGCACUGGAGGAGUGACACUUUCUGUGGUAUGUCGUGCCCUAAGAAUAGCCACUACGAGUUGUGUGGACCUCGAUGUCCUGUUGUAUGCGCUGGACUGUCCUCUCCAGCAAACUGCAGUGGAGGUUGUGAGGAGGGUUGCCAGUGUGACCCUGGCUAUGUCCUGAGUGAUGGCCAUUGUGUACUGGUUUCUGACUGUGGCUGCAUGCAUGAGGAAGAAUAUCACCCUGCUGGCUUCUUCUAUUCCGGGAAUAACUGCCAGAAAUGUAACUGUAAAAGAGAAGUGACCUGCAAUCCUUCACCGUGUAGCCCAAUGGAGAGCUGCUCAGUAAAGGAUGGCCUUGCCCAGUGUAGGCCUCUGCAGUACGGAAUGUGCCAAAUGUUUGCUGGAUUUGGCUACAUCACUUUUGAUGGCUUGGUUCUGCCUCAUCAUGGAGCUUGCACGUAUUUAGUGUCAGACCUCUCCUCUAAAGCCAUGCAUGACUAUACUCUGCUGCUUAGCUUUGAGAAGGACAGAAAUUACACUAUUUUCUCAAUCAGCAGACUGGUGUUUCGGUUGCCUUCACUGGAAGUGUCCAUUGACCCAAAGACUCCAUGGAAAAUAGAAGUAAAUGGAGAAGAACACAUUGUGCCUUUUGCCAAUAGUAAACUUAAAGCAUACCAAGAUGGCAACAGGAUGACUAUCACAACUGUAUCUGGGGUGAAACUUGAGUUGUCCUCCACACAGUACAUCAGGUUAACUGUACCACAGGGAUAUGACGCCACAGCUUCGGGCCUCUGUGGGAAUUUCAAUGGAGACAAGUCUGAUGACUUGGAACUGAGAAAUGGUCAUCUUGCCAAAAGCAUUGCAGAGUUCUUGAACAGCUGGGCAGCAGCUGCCCCUGGACAGCAUUGCACUGAGACUUGUGGGAGAAAAUGUGAUCAGUGCAGCUUGCCCUCAGAGGCCGUAAUGGCCUGUGAUAUCCUGUUGGCCAGGAGUAUUGAAUUCAGCCCUUGCUGGAACACAGGUGUGGAGCCCAAUAUUUACAGAGAUAUGUGCAUCAGAGCAGUUUGUGCUGGGGCAGGGCAUAUGGAGGCUGCAUGUCUAGCACUGGAAGCAUAUGCGGCAUCCUGCCAGGCUAAAGGAAUAACUAUAGGAUCAUGGAGAAAGAACACCCCCUGCUCUCUCCAGUGUCCUGACCGCAGCAGCCCAAGUGAGUGUGUUGACUCCGGUUCCAACUCAUGCCCUGCCAUGCUGCAGCCUGGUUCUUCAGCUGCUGACUGUUCUGACAGCUGCCAGUGCCUGAAGGGAAAUGUGUUUGAUGGGGGCGAGUGUGUACCUUUCAGUCAGUGUGGGUGUGUUCUUCAUGAUAAAUAUAUCAAGAUGGAUGAGCAACUGUAUAUUGAGGAUUGCACCCAGAGAUGCUGGUGCCAUCCUUUGGGUGGGGUAAUAUGUGAGAACACAGCCUGCAGCCCUUGGCAGCAGUGUGCUCUGAGGAAUGGUUCCUGGGACUGUCAUGACAGACCUGAUGUUUGUGAGCUCAAAGGCAGCCUGCAGGUCUCCACACUCAGUGGCCAGCAGCUGAGCUUAGAGCCCCAGUUAUCCUAUAGUCUGAUGGCCCUCUGUGACAAGGCCAGUGAGCAGUGGUUCAACCUCAUCUCUUACCAUGGACCUUGUGAUGGGGAAACCUCCAGACUUGUCACUGUGUUUCAAAUCCUUCUGCAGGGAUCAUCAGUUGUGAUCCAGGAAGGCACAGUGAAGGUGAAUGGACGCGUUGUGUCCCUCCCUCACAUUUUGCCAUCAGGGAUGUCCCUGUCAUCUGGUGUGACCCAGGACAAGCCAGAGGUCACAGUGAACUUGAGGAGAGAUGCAGGGAUGGAGUCAGAGUUGGAGAUGGAGAUUGGUGUUACCAUGGUGACAGUCAAGGUACCUCUCUGGUACUCAGGCAAAUUGUGUGGUCUCUGUGGAAACCUUAAUGACCUCCACUCACACAAGUCAGUCAAGUCAUGGGUUCUCCCAGACUUUCCAGGCUGGAAACAAAAGUUUUCUAAAGAUGGUCCAUCUAGUGCUGGAUGGGCAGGGAGGGAGUUUGCCCUUUCGUUCAUGCAGAAUUAUGCUGCAAACUAUGAUAGUCCUCGCUUCCAGUUAUACAUCAGCGCUCUUCAGGCCGAUUCUAAAGUGACAGUGCAUGUGCCUCCCUUAAACUUCAAGAAAGAGGAAACUGUUAAAGCUGGAGAAGCGGUCACCAUAAAUCUCCCCACUAGUGUUGAGGUGUAUGGCAGUAAGAGGUCUACCAACACAGUGCGCAUUGAAGCCUCAGCAGAUGUGACUGUAACCUCCUUCAACUGCAAGCUGUAUACAGCAGACACCUCUGUGGUAUAUCCUACCACCGAAUGGGGAACAGAAUAUUUCAUCUUUACACCUGAAGGAUCCCCCUAUGGUACCUAUAAAGAGUUCUCUGUAACAAAUGGAAAAGAGAGGAACAGAGUCCAGAUUUGUCCACGAGGCAUAAUCAAGUUCGAGGGUCGUAUCUAUGGGAGUCACAGCACAAUAGUUAUAGAUCUCCAGCCCUAUGAGAGUGUUCAGCUACAAAGCAGGCAUGAACUUUCCGGCACCAGAGUUGCCUCCCAGCACCCUGUUGCUGUUUUCACAGGUCACACUUGCACCUGGCGCUUCUCUAAAUGUAACCAUGUUUACGAGCAGCUGCUACCAGUAAACAAAUGGGGAUCCAACUUUAUUGUGCCUCCCUUGAGCUUUCAGAGUAGAUAUGACAGUGUCUACCUCCAGGCUUCCCAGCAAACCCAGAUCACUGUCCAGAAUGCCAACCGUAAAGAUAUUUAUCAUUUGACCAAGGGGCAGAUGAUGGAGAUCAAAUACCACGACCCUGAUACACUGUCCAUUCAAGCUGAUCAUGGUAUCCAGGUCCUCAUGCUCUUCAAUGGUGUCAGACUAAACAGGAAAAACGUCUAUGACCCUUUCUUGAUUACCAUCCUGCCCACCGACCGCUUCUGCUCCUCUUAUUCUAUGGAGGCUCAAGAGGGCUUUAAAAACAAAGCCCUGAUUGUGGCAAAGACCAGUGUGACGGCAGGGAUGCAUAUUGAUGGUAACAACUUGCCCCGUGAUGUCCAGUGGAAAAAGGUUGCAGGGACAGAUUUCUCUUGGGCGUUGAUGUCCUACAAACGAACCACUAGCAGCACCAGACACAUUGUUUCCAGCUCUGGUUCCGCCUUUGCUCUCUACAGUUUAGGAGUCAGCCAGAUGAAUGGUUAUGGUGCCCCAGGACAAUGUAUACAGCCAGGCAGUGAUUCUUUGUCAUGUAGUAGUAUCACCUGCAGUGCCAAUGAGGUGUGUGAAAUGAAUGGCGGGUAUCCUUCAUGUGUCCCCAAGAAAGACAAGCCUGGUAUCUGCUGGGCCAUAGGAGACCCCCACUACCGUACCUUUGACGGGCGAUACUAUAACUUCAUGGGUACCUGCACCUACGUCAUUGCCAAAAACUGUGCAAAGGGUGAUAAUCUCCCAGCCUUUGAGGUCCUCGCCCAAAAUGAGAACAGAGGAAGCCUCAGGGUGUCGUAUGUUGCCCUGGUCAUGGUGAAGGUGUAUGGGGUCACCAUCACUGUAGUUCGAUCUGAGACAGGUCGUGUAAGGAUUGACAAUACUCUGUGGGGUUUGCCAGUAACUUUGAACAACAACAAACUGAUAAUGUUUCAGAGCGGCCGCUCUGUUGUUAUUAAGGCUGAUUUUGGUCUGAGUGUCAAUUACGACUGGGAACACCAUCUUGUGGUGACUUUGUCCAGCAGUUAUGCUGGUAAGACUUGUGGUCUCUGCGGCAACUUCAACGGCAACCCCAAUGAUGAUUUCAACACACCCUCAGGCACUGAGGCAAGUGGGGUUGUGGCAUUUGGAAGCAGCUGGAAGGUGCCAGGGCUGGUAAAAGGUGCUGUGUGUAGAGAUGACUGUGAGGGUGGGUGUGAGCGAUGUGAACACAGCCUGAUGAAGAAGUGGGAGGGUGACGCAUUUUGUGGGCUCAUCUCACUGGUAGUAAAUGGGCCAUUCAGCAAAUGCCAUGCCACCAUAGACCCCCAAGCAUACCUGGAGAACUGUAAAUAUGAUGUAUGCAUGGGAGGCGGCCUUCGACAUUUCCUCUGCAGAGCGUUGGAAGCUUAUACUCAAGCCUGCCAGGCUGCUGGGAUCCAGGUUCAAGAUUGGAGGGGGAUGGCAAGAUGUCCUGCUAAAUGUCCCGCCAACAGCCACUAUGAGCUCUGUGGCAAUGCCUGCCCAGCCACUUGUUCUGACCCUAAUGCUCCUUCCAAAUGCAAGUGCCCAUGUGUGGAGACCUGCACCUGUAAUGCAGGCUUUCUUUUGAGCGGAGGUCAGUGUGUGCCUGCUGCUCAAUGUGGCUGUACCUACGAGGGUCGAUACAUUCCUGCAGGAGAGUCAUUCUGGGCUGACCAGGGCUGUGGGCGAUUGUGUAAAUGUACUGCUGGAAGCAGUCGUGUGGAGUGUCAGGAUAAAGGCUGUGGGGCAGGGCAGCAGUGCCAGGUGGUUGAUGGCAUUAGAAAGUGCCAAGUAAUCUACAACACCUGCCGAGCCACAGGUGACCCCCAUUAUAAGACCUUUGACAAGAAGAAGUUUGACUUCCAGGGCACAUGUGUGUACCAGCUAGCUGCACUCUGCUCCACGAACCCAGAGUUAGUGCCCUUUGAGGUGCUGGUGCAGAAUGAUCACCGGGGCAGCAAGGUGGUUUCCUACACCAAGCUAGUGGAGCUCAAGGUGUUCUCCUACAGCAUUGUCAUUACUAAGACACACAAGGGCCAGAUUAUGGUAAACAAUGAGCUGGUCAACAUGCCUGUCACCCUGGAUGGAGGAAAGGUGUUUGCGCUUAGCAGUGGCUGGUACGCCAAUGUCUACACAAACUUUGGCCUCGAAGUCUCCUUCGACUGGAAAAGUGCUGUGUAUGUAACACUGCCCAACACCUACAUGGGAGCUGUUUGUGGCCUUUGUGGCAACUACAAUGGCAAACCCCAGGAUGACCUGAUUCCUAAGAAUGGUCACAAACCCGUCUCACCAGCAGAUUUUGGUGCCAGCUGGCGAGUGGCUGAGAUCCCGGGCUGUGUUGAGGGCUGUAAAGGGGUGUGCCCUGAUUGUGACAUCACCCAGAAGGUUCAAUAUGAAAAAGGAGAUUUCUGCGGUUUGAUGAGGGACCCCAAAGGGCCGUUCCGUGACUGCCAUGCUAAGGUGGACCCAGCUGAGUACUUUGAAGACUGUGUUUAUGAUGUAUGCCUGUAUAAGGGCCGGAAGGAUGUGCUGUGUGAGGCUAUUACAGCAUACACAACUGCCUGUCAGGAUGCAGGGGCCAAGGUGUACAGCUGGAGAACCAAUCAGUUCUGUGCGGUGAAAUGUCAAGUCCACAGCCACUAUGAAAUCUGUGCAACUGCCUGUCCUGCCACUUGUCAGAGUCUGGCCCCUCCUCAAGGUUGUCAAGCUCACUGUAAGGAGGGCUGUUCCUGUGAUGAGGGGUACAUCCUCAGUGGAGAUCGCUGUGUUCCCUUCUCAGACUGCGGCUGCCUCUAUAAAGACCGGUACUACCGCAUUGGCCAAGUCUUUUAUCCCGAUGGACAGUGUGAGGAGGAGUGCAAGUGCAAACAGGAUGGAGAGGUUGAGUGUAAGAAGUUCAAGUGUGGCCCUAAUGAGAAGUGUAAAGUGGAGAAUGGCAAACGACACUGUUUCCCUAUUGGUAAGGGUGUGUGCCAUGCCUCUGGUGACCCGCAUUACAAAUCUUUCGACGGCAAAUUAUUUGAUUUCCAGGGCUCCUGCACCUACACACUCUCCAAGAGCUGUGGGCUGGAGGGUACACACCUGACGGCCUUCUCUGUUAACGUGGAGAAUGUUAAGUGGGAUAUGAUAACAACCAACAAAAUAGUGUCUGUCACCAAGCUGGUUGCAGUGGAGGUUUACGGCUUAACUCUAAUCAUGAGGAACAACAUGUUAGGAGUCCUGGUGAGCAAAGACACAAGCUCCAUAUUUGUAAAUGGAGUGUUUAACUACCUUCCCCUGAAUCUUAAUGAUGGAGCAGUGCAGGUCUAUCAAGAAGGCAUGCAUUAUGUUAUUGAGACAAAUUUCGGACUGUUUGUCACUUAUGACCUGGUCUACCAUGUUACAGUAACAGUACCUGGUAAUUACCGUGGUAAGGUCUGUGGCCUGUGUGGUAACUUCAACGGUAACCAAAAAGAUGACUUCCAGAUGCCCAACCGUCAGCUCACCAACAAUGAGAAUGCGUUUGGAAAAUCGUGGAAGGUCACCAUCCCUAAUGUUGUGUGUGAAAAUGGCUGUGAAGGGAAUAACUGUCCCAAGUGUGACCCAGCUCGGAAGGCUGUGUUUUCAAAGUCCACUCACUGUGGUAUUGUUAAAGAACCCAAAGGUCCUUUUGCAGACUGCCAUAAUGUACUGGACCCAGAGCCAUAUUUUAAUGACUGUGUGUUUGAUGUGUGUGCUUCCAACGGUGAUGAAAAGGUGCUGUGUGACAGCAUAGCAGCUUAUACCUUCAACUGUCACCAGGCACAGGCACAUGUCAAAAACUGGAGGACACCUUCAUUCUGCCCCAUGAAAUGCCCAGCCAACAGUCACUAUGAGGCAUGCGCAGAUGCCUGCUCUGCAGCCUGCCAAGGCCUCACAGAGAUAGUCCAAUGCUCCCCCAGCUGCAUGGAGGGCUGUGAAUGUGAUACUGGCUUCUUAUACAAUGGGCAGACAUGUGUAAAGGAUACUGAGUGUGGCUGUUAUGAUAAUGGAAAAACUUACAAGGCUGGUGAAGUGGUGUAUGAGGAAGAUUGUAAAACAAAAUGUACCUGUAAUGCAGCAACAGGCCUCGCCUGUGAAAAGCACUCCUGCCCCCAAAGCACCAAGUGCAUGGUCAAGAAAGGAAUCCAGGCUUGCUACAACAUAGAUCCCUGCAAAGAUGCCAAAUGUCGAGUCAAGGAGAAGUGUCGUGUUGAGAAGGGGGAAGCUGUGUGCGUCCCUGACUACACAGGCAUCUGUUGGGCUUGGGGGGACCCUCACUACCAAACAUUUGAUGGGUACAGCUAUGACUUCCAGGGCACCUGCAAAUACAUAAUCUCAAAGACCUGUGGGAACCUGGAUGGUCUAGUUCCAUUCUCAAUCACUGAGAGGAAUGAUAACCGGGGAAACACAGCCGUUUCCUAUGUCAGGGAGGUAGAUGUGUCUGUUUAUGGUUACACCAUCACUAUCCGCAAGAACCAAGUUGGUCGAGUUGCGGUGAAUGGGGAGCUGCUUAAUCUACCUGUACAACUGGGUGAAGGUGAGGUGUCAGUGUAUCAAUCUGGUUCCAAUGCAGUAGUGAAGACAAACUUUGGCCUAAUUGUUUCCUACGACUGGUACGUGUACCUGCUCAUUAAGCUGCCCAGCACCUACUACAGCAGUGUCUGUGGUCUGUGUGGAAACUUCAACGGUAACGCCGGUGAUGAGCUCUACAAUCCAGAAGGCAAAGCUGUCUCCUCAGUAAUAGAGUGGGGCAAGAGCUGGCAAACACCUGAACAGGACGAGGACCAUCCUUGCUGGGACACGUGUAAGAAAAACUGUCCUACCUGUGACGAUAACCAUCGCAAGCUCUAUGAGACUGAGGCCUUCUGUGGGGCCCUUACAGCCAAGACCAACAGUGUGUUCAAGGAAUGUCAUGGAAAAUUGGACCCCCAGUCCUUUAUGAACAGCUGUGUGUAUGAUGUGUGUUUGAAUAAGGGAGACAAGAAGAUGCUGUGCCAGGCGUUGGCCUCCUACAGUGAGCAGUGUCGUGAGGGAGGGGUAAUAAUUAAGGACUGGAGGAAAAAGUUUGGCUGCCCAAUGAACUGUCAGCGUCAUAGCCACUAUGAAGCCUGUGCAAGUCCAUGCCAGCCAUCCUGCCCGUUUCCUGAUAGAAAGCAGACCUGCACAGGUGCCUGUGUGGAGACCUGUGUGUGUGAUAAGGGUUAUGUCCUCAGCGCUGGUGUCUGUGUGCCUGCUAAAACAUGCGGCUGCUCCUAUCAGGGCCGCUACUACAAGCCAGGACAGCGCUUCUGGGCUGAUGAGGCUUGCGGUCGCCUCUGCGAGUGUGAUACGACCCUUGGCAUGGUGACAUGCCGUGAGGCUUCCUGCUCUACCAAAGAGAGGUGCACCGUAGUGGAUGGGGAGCGUGCCUGUCGACCCAUAAGUCACGCCAUAUGCACAGCCUCAGGUGACCCACAUUACCGAACCUUUGAUGGGCACUGGUUUGACUUCCAGGGCACAUGUGUAUAUCAGCUGGUUGGACUGUGCUCUCAGCAGCCUGGGCUAGUGCCAUUCAAGGUGACUGUGCAGAAUGACCACCGGGGAAGCAAGGCAGUAUCCUACACAAGGACGGUCAAAUUCUCCAUAUAUGACAUCACCCUCACCAUCAGCAGAGAAUACCCCAACAAAGUCCUGCUCAAUGGGCAACUUGCUUCGCUGCCGCUGGAUUACAAUAAUGAGCUGGUUGUGUCUCUCAGUGGCUUCACAGCUGUAGUGAAGACAGUUGCUGGUAUCACUGUGACCUUUGACUGGCGUAGCAUGGUGAGCGUUACUCUGCCCAGCAACUACCAAGAAGCGGUGUGCGGUCUGUGUGGCAACUACAAUGGAAAAGCCCAAGAUGACUUGACCAUGCGGAACGGCCAGGCCGCCCCCAAUGGAACCAAGCUGGGGGAGAGCUGGCAGGUGGCCGUUGUACCAGGCUGUUCAUCAGUCUGCCAGGGGCCAUGGUGCCAAGCCUGUUCAGAGUCCCAGAGGAAAGUAUACGAGGCCCAGAAGUACUGUGGUAUUAUCACUGACAAGGCAGGGCCUUUCAGAGAUUGUCACAGCCGUAUAGAUCCUGCUUCUUACCUUAAAGAUUGUGUGUACGAUGUCUGUCAUUAUCAUGGUCACCACGGAUCAGUUUGUGAUGCUGUGGGAGUCUAUGUCUCUGCCUGUCAGAGCCUGGGAAUCACCAUCCACUCCUGGAGAACAGAUACCUUCUGUCCAAUGGUGUGUCCAGCUAACAGCAAUUAUACCCUGUGUGCCACGGGUUGCCCAGCCACCUGUGCCAGCUUAAUCCCCCUUACCACAUGUCAAAGGCCCUGCGCAGAAGCUUGUGAAUGUGACGAAGGCUACCUGCUGAGUGGUGGUACCUGCGUGCCUGUGAAAGACUGUGGCUGCUCCUACGAUGGUCAAUACUACAGGAUAGGAGACAUCUUCUACCCAGAAACUGAGUGUGUGGCCCGGUGCGUCUGUGGAGAGAACGGUGCUGUGUCCUGCCAAAAGGCCAAGUGCCGUCCAGGGGAGAUCUGUAAGCUUGUAAACGGAGUGAAAGGCUGCCACCCUGAGGGGCAAGGCAAGUGUGUGGCCUCCGGUGACCCCCAUUACAUCUCCUUUGAUGGACGGAGGUUUGAUUUCCAGGGUACCUGUGUCUAUGUAUUAGCCAAGGUUUGUGAUGAUGACAAAGGCCAGCUGACAUCAUUCACUGUUACCCAGGGGAAUGAAAAGUAUGGGAAUGGAAAAGUGGCUGUUACCAAGUCAGUUGCAGUGACAGUCUAUGGUUAUAUCAUUUACAUCCAGCAGAGAAAGCCAUGGACAGUCAUUGUGAAUGAUGAACUUCUGAACCUUCCUCUCUCCCUGGAUAAUGGCCGUCUCAGAGUCACCCAGGAAGGUCGCAACAUAAUUGUCCGGACAGACUUUGGACUGACAGUCCUCUAUGACACUGUCUACUAUGUUGAGGUGAUUGUUCCGUCAACAUACCAAGGCAAGAUGUGUGGUCUUUGCGGCAACUACAACAAGAAUUCCGGUGAUGACUUCAUACUUCCUGGUGGCAAACAAACAAAGAACGUUGAUGACUUUGGGAAGGCGUGGGUGGUAGACCUGCCAGGGAAUGUGUGUGGUGGCUGUGGAGGCCAGUGUCCAGCCUGUGAGGAGGCCAAGGCCACUUUGUAUGGAAAACCAGAUUUCUGCGGCAUCAUGAGUGCACCUAAUGGGCUGUUCAAAGCCUGCCACAGUAAAAUUGACCCAGCAGCAUAUGUGUCUCAUUGUGUGUUUGAUGUUUGUGCUACGGAUGGCGACAAAGAUACUCUGUGUAACAGCAUCCAGGCCUACGUUUUGGCCUGCCAGAAUGAAGGAGUUCAAAUUCAGCCCUGGAGGAGCAGCUCCUUCUGCCCUGCUUCCUGCCCUCAGCACAGUCACUAUGAGGUGUGUGCUGACACCUGUCGUGGGGCCUGUGCCAGCUUUAUCAACCCAGUUUCCUGUUCUGAAAGCUGCUUUGAGGGAUGCCAAUGUGAUGACGGCUUUGUUUUUGAUGGCAUCCAAUGUGUUCCCUUCAACAGCUGUGGUUGUGUGUACAAUGACAGAUAUCUGAGGGUGGGCGAGGCGCUUGUGGACAAAGACUGUACAUCCAAGUGUGUGUGCCAGGCCUCAGGGAUGGUGAAGUGUGAAAAGCUGUCCUGUGCUAGCGGGGAGGUUUGUGGUGUAAGAGAGGGGGUCAGAGGCUGCCAAGUCAAACGAGGCCACUGCAGCGUCAGCCAUGAUGCCCACUUCACCUCCUUUGAUGGCAUGUCUGGAGCAAUAGCAGCUCUCGGAGCAUUUGAAGUUGCAUCUCUGUGUGAUGAGACGGCUAAGCUGUGGUUCCGUGUAGUUGUAGACGUCAGGCUCUGCAGUAAAGGGGCAUCUCCCUCUGUUGCCACUGUGUAUGUGUUCUUCAAGGACACCACCGUCACUGUGAACAGCCAGCAUGUGACCUGGAUAAACGGCAGGAAAGUAUCUCUUCCCAGCAAAGCGACAAGUGAAGUGUCUGUCCAAAUAUCAGAUAGGUCUGUAAUCAUCGAGAGGGCAUCUGCUGUGAGGGUCACCUACUCAAUUUCAAAGGAGGUCACUGUCAUUAUUGACAGCAGCCUGUCCGGUAAAAUGUGUGGUGCCUGUGGCAACUUCAAUAACAACUCUAAAGAUGAUUUGACAACAGCAGAUGGGAAAACCACCACUGAGGUGUCUGUGGUUGUUGGCUCCUGGAGCGCUGGGGACUUUUCUAGAUGUGGCCUGUAGAGAUGCUGCUUCUGUGGUGAUAGAAAGCAUCUGUACGGGAUGAAGAAGAACGAGAAGUCUUUCAGCUGAAUGCUUACAGCCAUUAGUCUCAUUCAUAUACCUCUGUACUUCCUCCUAAUUCUUGAAAUGGUUUUGGUUAACUAGUGGUCUGGUCCUCUAUUGUUCACAUUGGAGUAGUAGAAAAAUCUAGCUCAUUCUUGACCAACAUCUCCAUCUAGUGGAGAAGGAAUUAUGUGAUCUCCCCUCCACAAAGCUCAGCUGAGACUGAGGAACAGUCACAAGUCUUAUACCUUCUUAAUAUAGGGGCUUAGUUUAAAAAAUGUGUGUUUUACAAAAUGUGUUCUCCUUACUGUUCUGACCAAUAAUUAGCCUUUCUUUACACUGUGUGCCCAAGUUUGCAUCUGAGCAAAUUUACUGUCUACUUUGCCAAAACCUCCAGAGAACUUUCUGUAUGUCAACUUAA